AUGGCCCCUCUUCGUCGAUACCUCAGAAUCAGCAAGUAUACUAUCCUCGAAUGCCGGAUCUACCUAGAAAACCCAUCGGACACACGAUGGCUCCUCGACAGCCGGGAGCCCGUCCUACCCCGGAUAUUCACUGCUAUUCGCCCGUUAGUUCUGCCUAAAUUACGCGAGGAGAGCGAAAGGCUCUUUGCUCGGAAGAAAGGGAAACCAGUGAAAGACGUGAUAGCUGAAGAGGACUUCGAGGUUUCGUUAUUCCUCCGCGAAUCCCGAACACGCCACUCACUCCUCACGCGGCACAAAGAGUUCGACGAACCCCAUAACGCAUCGAGAGCAAGAAAUCCAUCCCAACCUACGGAAAGUUCAAGCGGGGCUGCCGAUGCUGGUAUUUUGGUCGAGAGCGAUAGCGAAUCUAAUGUCAGUUUGCGCGACAUCCCUCCAGCCACUGCGGAGGAGAACGGUAGAAUGGGUAAACGUCAACGAGAUGCAGACGGAGCAUUCGAAGCCACAGCUAGUUCACGCGCCUCGAAACGUCGAAAGGAUGAGGAACCGGAUGAUAAGAAGUUGCGCUUCAGGACGAACUAUGAGGGUUUCAACAUUUAUGGUUGGAUUCUAUGCCUACUUGUUACGCGUACAGGGAACAAAGUUAGAGCAAGUGCGGGAUCUUCGGAGCCCACGCGCCAGGCUCUAAUGGAGGAGUGGAUGUCCACUCAAGCCCAGGGAGAUCUGGAUGAAGAGCAAGAUGUCAGCUGA